AUGGCUGCACCGUUUCCCAACACCUACCAUCUACGAACUGUGGCUUCCACAUCCGCCAAGUCAUGUUAUAUCUGCCUUAAGCCGUCUGAAAAGGUUCUCAUCACUCCCAACAACAAGGAUUUCUUCUACAUCUGUGCCAGCCACCUCAGUGACCGAGGGUUCGCGUCGCCGGUGGUGGAUGCCGAGGCCGAGGCGGCCAAGAAGAAGAAAGAACUGAUGGACAAGGAGAUCCAGAAAGUCAAGGAGGAAUACGAAGAGAAGCAGCGGAAGAGAAAGUCGAAGAAGUCGGGCAAGGAUGAUGACAAGGACAAGAAGAAAAUGGAUGAGGACGGCGAUGACGGCAAGGCUGAGAAAGAAAGGGAUGAAAAGGUCGGUACUACCAUCAUGCCGUCAUUCCAUCAUCCGAACCUGGUCUCCAUCUUCGUUCUACCCACCCAAUGGUCCAAAUAUAUAUUCUAA